UAGGCAGAUGUCAGCAAUUUAAAGAAUUUCCUUUCAGCUGUGAGACUGGCUCACCAAGGUGCUGACAUUGGCGCGCUCCCCCUCUCACCUCUGGUACCAGCGAAGACCUCGGAAGUUGAAAAACCCAAAACAAAGAUGAUCAUAACAUCAAGAAGGGACUAUCCUCUCACCAAAGGCUUUCCUUACUCCCUAGAACAUCUCCAAGCCUCGUACUGCAAACUUGCUCGCAUUGACACGCGGGUGCUUUGUCUGAAGAAGCUCAGAAAACUAGACCUAAGUCAUAAUCAUAUUAAGCAACUGCCGGCGACUAUUGGUGACCUGAUCUGUCUUCAGGAGCUCAAUUUGCACAACAACCACCUGGAGUCCUUCAGUGUCGCCCUGUGCAACUCCACCCUUCAGAAGUCUCUUCAGUUCUUGGACCUCAGCCAAAACAAAAUCAAGGCUCUUCCAAUUCAGUUUUGCCAGCUACGAGAACUUGUUAAUUUGAAGCUCGAUGACAAUGAGUUGAUUAGGCUGCCGUUCAAGAUGGGCCAGCUAAGUCAUCUACGCUUCCUGUCUGCAGCACGGAACAAGCUUCCCUUUUUGCCCAGUGAUUUUAGGAAACUCUCUCUUGAGAACUUGGAUCUGUUUGGAAAUCCCUUUGAACAGUCUAAUCCACUCGUUCCCAACAUACAACUGAAAAUACCAUUGACUUUAUUAGAAUGUGCUGCAAGGGCAACUGUAAAUUACAG